ACUUUUGCGCGUUUUUUCUUCUUUCUCCUUUUCCGCCGUUCGUUCGCUCUCUCCUCUCCCACAAUGUCUUCCAACCGACGCUCCAAAUCCGCCGCUCCCAUCUCCCCUAAGCCCGACGCUGAUGCUUCUUCCCCUAACAAGAAGCUCAAAUCCGAGCUCAAUGGAGAUGGAACUCCCAUUUCACAUUCCCCCGCUAAACUGGCUUCUCAGAGCACGAAGGUGAAGGCGGAAUUGAGCGGCGACGAGGACUAUGAUUCGGCUAGGUUCGUGGAGCCCCGCAUUCCGGAUAGCGAGGCGAGAGAACGGUGGCCUCUGCGGUAUCGGGGAAAGAAGAAGCAGCAGGUAGUUGGGGAGAAAAAUUCAAGGGAUGACGCUGAGGAGGUAAUUCAGGCUCAGCGUCAUUACUCACAGGCUGAAGUUGACAAUACCAUUUACAAUCUCUUUGAUGAUGCCCAUGUUAAGGCUGAAGAUGGGGAGGAAGAUUAUAUAUGCAGAAUUGUUGAAAUGUUCGAGGCUGUCGACGGGCAACUAUAUUUCACUGCUCAAUGGUAUUAUAGAGCUAAAGAUACUGUUGUGAAAGAUCAUGCUCAUCUCAUCAAUGACAAGCGUGUAUUCUUUUCAGAAGUUCGGGAUGAUAAUCCAUUGGAUUGUCUUGUUAAGAAGCUAAAUAUAGCUAGAAUUCCUCUAAGUAUGGCCAUGGAUAAGAAGAAAACCCGUCUUCCAGCUUGUGACUUCUACUGUGACAUGUUAUACUUGUUGCCGUAUUCCUCAUUCGUUAAACUGCCUGAAAGUGAGAAAAGGGUUGGCAGUGAGACGUCGUCGACAAUUUCCUCCGAGGGUGAUACCAAUGGACCAUGUGAAGUGACCUCAAUUGGGGAUGUCACUCAAGCACAUCAGUGUUGUAAGCCUGAUGUUGCACUUCUUGAUUUAUAUUCAGGAUGUGGUGCCAUGUCAACUGGAUUAUGUUUAGGCGGCAAUUUGUCUGGGGUGAACCUAGUCACAAAAUGGGCAGUUGAUUUAAAUCAAUAUGCUUGUGAAAGUCUAAAGUUCAAUCACCCAGAGACAGAGGUUAGAAAUGAAAUGGCAGAAGAUUUUUUAUCGUUGUUAAAAGAGUGGGAAGUGCUUUGCAAAUAUUUUUCUUUGAUAAAAAGUGAAGGGCCACAACAAAAGUACGUAGAUCUUUUUGCUAAUGAAGAGGAAGAGGAAGAUGAAGGGGAAGAUGAAAAGACUGAAGAUGAUGAAGAAGUGUUUGAAGUGGAAAAAAUACUUGCAAUAUGUUACGGUGAUCCUAAUGGAACUAAAAAGCGUGGAUUGUUUCUUAAGGUUUCCUGGAAGGGUUAUGGCUCUGAUGAAGACACAUGGGAGCCAAUUGAGGGAUUGAGCAACUGCAAGGAAAAGUUGAAAGAUUUUGUGACAAAUGGUUACAAAUCAAAGAGCUUACCUUUGCCUGGUGAUGUGGAUGUUAUCUGCGGAGGGCCUCCUUGCCAGGGUAUUAGUGGUUUCAAUCGCUUCAGGAACAUAGAAAAUCCACUGGAAGAUGAGAAAAACAAACAGCUUGUUGUCUUCAUGGACUUAGUGGAGUAUCUUAUGCCUAAAUAUGUUUUGAUGGAGAAUGUAGUAGAUAUAGUAAGGUUUGCCAAUGGAUAUCUGGGACGGUAUGCGCUUGGUCGUUUAAUAUCAAUGAAUUACCAAGUUCGUAUGGGAAUGAUAGCAGCAGGUGCAUAUGGACUUCCACAGUUUCGUAGGCGAAUGUUUAUGUGGGGUGCCCAACCAACAGAGAAGCUUCCACAGUAUCCUCUUCCAACUCAUGAUGUUGUAGUGAGGGGUGGAGUUCCUACUGAAUUUGAGAUGAAUGCUGUUGCUUUUGAUGAUGGACAUAAUGGCGUUGAGUUGGAAAAAAAGCUUCUUUUGGAAGAUGCAAUUUCUGAUCUUCCUGUUGUUGGAAAUGAUGAGCGUCGAGAUGAAAUGCCUUAUGAUAAACCUCCCAUGACUGAGUUUCAGCGUUUAAUUAGAUUGCCUAGGGAAGAAAGGUUUGAUUGUUCUACAAAGUCUAAGCCAGCAAUGCACGAAUUAUACGAUCAUCGGCCACUUGAACUAAAUACUGAUGACUAUCAACGUGUUUGUCAGAUCCCAAAGAGAAAGGGGGCAAACUUCAGAGAUUUACCUGGCGUUCGUGUUCGCCCUGAUAAUAAAGUUGAAUGGGAUCCUGAUAUUCAGAGAGUGUAUUUGAAAUCUGGAAAGCCUUUGGUUCCUGAUUAUGCCAUGACUUUUGUAAAGGGAUCAUCACCAAAGCCAUUUGGGCGGUUAUGGUGGGACGAGACAGUGCCUACAGUUGUUACUCGGGCAGAGCCUCACAACCAGGCAAUUUUGCAUCCAGAGCAAGAAAGAGUAUUGACAAUUCGUGAAAAUGCAAGACUUCAAGGCUUUCCAGAUUACUACAAGCUCUUUGGGCCAGUAAAAGAAAGGUACAUUCAAGUAGGAAAUGCAGUAGCAGUCCCGGUUGCUCGAGCGUUAGGAUAUUCGUUUGGCAUGGCGUUUCAAGGUCUUGCUGCAGAUGAGGCUGUAUUCAGUCUACCCAAAAAGUUCCCCAACAUUGUGAAACAACAGUCUUUUGCAUCCUCCGAGGAAGUUGCUUGAAGAGGUAAUUCUAUAUAUAAAAGUAUGUUGUUUGUUGUGUUUAGCUUAUUGGAUUAUUCACAUUAUCUCAUUAAUGUAUUGUUGAAAUGUGCAAUUAAGAGAUAACCUUCAUAUUUAUAUCAUAAUCAAUUCCAUG